GCAUAAAGUUCUCGAGACUACGAUUUCGUUUCUUAGAUACUAUAUCAGAAAUCAUUAAAAUCGUCUGAAUAGAAGCUGAGAAACCUAUGAAUUCUAAUCAGAUAUACGCGAAUGAGCAUAAAAUGAGACGAAGAAGAAUUAUUGUUUGUUUGGAUGGAACUUGGGAAACGCCAGAGGAAAAAACAAAUGUCUACAAAUUUUUCAAUCGUAUAGAUACAACGCAAACAGAUGAAUGGGAACAUUCUGCACAAUAUUACUCUGGUUUAGGAACUCAUUGGAGACACCCUUUGAUGGGUGGUCUUUUUGGCUACGGUAUUAGCAAGCAGAUUGUAACCGCUUAUCAAUAUAUUUGUAACGCUUACCGCGAUGAAAAGGAUGAAAUAUGGCUUCUAGGCUUCAGUCGAGGAGCGUUUGCAGCUAGAAGCCUUUCAGGGAUGAUAAACAAUGUUGGAUUGCUACCAAGUUCAAAAGUGUCCAACAAAGCCAAACGAGCAUUCCAAAUAUAUCGCGACGGAUCUACUAAUAGUUACCCAACUAAAAAGAUAGCCACCAAGUUUCGAAAGGAUAACCAAUGUAUAGUACCUACUAUACAAUUUCUAGGCUGCUUUGAUACAGUGGGAGCGCUAGGUAUCCCAAAACUGCCCUGGUAUCUUGGUGGAUCAUUAUGUAAAUACAUCCUAUAUUAUACAACAGCGAAAAAAAAAACCAACUAA